AUGGCGCACGCUGCCGGCAAUUCACAAAUGUCAUCAACAGAUGCUGCGUGGCUGCCCUUGGUGCAACAUCUAUUCGACGACGAUUGCGUGGCAAUUGAGGACCUCGACCGGAAAUUAGCAUCAAUUCACGAGUAUGAAAUACUGGCCAAGCAGAAGAGGAACGCUCGUGUUGGCGCUUGUAAGCUCCCGCCGGAGAUUGUUGGCGAGAUAUUGUCUUUUGCGCAUGCACUAUGGCCACCGCGCAGAAUCGAGAGGGCAGUUGAAAAGCCGUAUGGAGCUGGGUGGAUGUCUCUCACGCAUGUGUGCUCGUUUUGGAGAAAGGUCGCUAUAGCAUUACCUGCACUGUGGCAAAAUGUGAACAUAUUGGACGUUCAUCCAAACUAUUCCAACGAUAUCUUGACUCGCUCGGCGCGCCGACCCCUGCGUCUUUCAUCCCGAGCGGACUUGCGCUUCGUCGAUACGGACGCACAUGUGAUGCUCGCUGAACGCAUCUGGCUGAACGCUUCGGUGUUGCACCGUGUUGAGGAGCUGGAGCUCCGUUGUGGGAAGAUAUCAUCGUUUGCAAUCCAGGCUCUAACACAGCCAACACCUGCCAUGCGAGUUCUGGACAUAUCUUCCCGAAGAUAUUGCGUCCUCCCGCCUAACCUAUUGAAUUCGGAUACGGAUCCUUGCCAACUCCGCGAGCUCAGGAUUGUCGGCUGCGCCCUACCGCCAGAUACUCGCUUGCUUGCAUCCAAUCUAGUCCAUCUCGAUCUCGGCUACGGCAGAAUUGCGUUGAAAGACCACCAUAUCACGACCGCACACAUGCUUCAGGCUAUAUCCAUCAUGACCGCUCUGGAAUCCAUUCAACUGCACGACGUUCCGCGACCAGCCAACGGUCACGACGCAGAUACUCCUUUGUCCCACGUCAAUCUUCCCGAUGUGUUUAACAGCCUGAACAUAGAAGUAUCCGAUACCGCUUUUCUCGUGCCACUGGCUGAGCUGAUGGAGCAUCUAUCUGUGCCGCCCACAACUGCACUAUACGUCUUAAUGUACGUCGAGGACGUCGACGUGCAAACGCUCAUGCAAUGCCAUCGAUUGGUGGAAGUGAUGAAGCGCUAUCGGGCGCACUAUUCCUCCCCAUUGGAGCUCUCAAUCAUAGAACCCGAAUAUCAUCUCAGGCCCGUAGGCGCAGGGAGUAGUCUGACCGGUUUCAGCCAGAUAUUGAGCAUUGCCGAAUCGAACGACGUGAUGUACUCUCUGUUGCCGACAUUCUCGUACACGCACGUAGUCUCGCUCCUCCUAGAGGACCCUGCCCUGCUGGGAACCAUGCAUCAGGUCGCAGGCGAAAAUCCUUGGACAGAGAGCUUCUCAUCAGCGCUGAGCGUCGAAAGCCUCACCACUUGCUUUUCCCGAAGUGAUAAGCUGUGGCCCGCGUUGUAUCAACCGGGAUCGAACCUCUUCCCGAAGUUGGAAACCAUCAUCGUUCUUGAACCCACUACUCUUCGGGACUUGUCUGACGAGCUCUCGAAAUCGACGCUCCGGCCUAUCGCGCUUGAUAUGAUUAAAGCUGUAGAGCUGAGAAGAACGGCCGAAACCCCGAUACGCGAGGUGAAGAUGCCGGAGAGCAUGUCGGGUUGGGAUGUUUGGGGGCCACUUCGUAGUCUGGUCAAGGUUACGACGCUGUAG